AUGGCGGUCCAGCCGGACACGGACACGCAAAGAGCUAAACCUCCAACCAAUGCUCACAUAACCGGUGAUGCUGAAGCCCCUACAACCUUCCUAGAGGCACUGUCGGAACAAGAUCCACACGUCCCAGCCACAAAACAAGACAUCGCCAACCUCUUAAGGGAACUGCAACAAAUGUCGGCGGCCGACAUAGACAGGGUCCGCACCGAUGUAAAGGCGGUGGAAGCUCGCACACAAGCCACAGAAAACACAGUUCUGGAGCUCCAACGAGAGGUACGAGACCUGAGAGACAAAAUUAACAUCCUACAGCACUCACAUACCUCCCCGACACAGCGCGUCGACAUCUCCGAAUACCGCAAUAGACUCCCUAACAUCAAGGUCGGAGGUGUCCCGGAUUCCAUCAGCCAGGCGGAACUGCCGCACUAUUUACGACGACUGGUAGAAACGAUCCUUACACACUCACAAGAUAAUAAACUCCAGCUUGACGGCUGCUACAGGAUCAACAAAUCCAGACAGGCCCCUAGUGAAGCCACGCACGACAUAAUAGUAGGCUGCCACUCCAUGUCAGACAGGAACCAGCUCCUGGCAGUCGUGAAGGGCAAAACCCCCAUGGACUUUGAAUUAUCCAAAGACCUUUCCAGGAAUACCCUGCAGUAG